GCGUGGAUAUAGGGGAGGGGGCGUGUCCAGGCGGCAGAGCGUCGGAGCCGUGAGGGGAGGGGGAAGGCAGACACCGGGCACGGAGCCGCACCGCUCCCCUCCGUCAGGCAGAGGCUGGGCCCUGCUUGAUUUAACAGUCACCAAAGCUGCAUUGGAGGACUGCCAAACCUCAGACCUGCUGGGAGACUGUUUUCAGAUGCAACUUCGUGUGUGAGCAGCAGAAACUUGGGAAGAUGAGAAGAGGAAGCUUAAGGCCUGUUCCUGAGAUGAGAAGAUGAAGUUUAAGCCUGAUUGCAGAAUCUGAGAUGCGGUAGAUGGUGCUGAAGCAGCACUGAGGCUUCUGCAGUAUCUGCAGUCCAGUGUGUGCCUGCUGGCUCUCCCAAACACUGAUGGUCCCGUGACUUCAAGAGAUGCGCUCUGAAAUGAGAAAACGCUGACUGUCCUGACUUAGUCACUUACAUAAGCUCUAAAAAUGGGAAGAAUUUUUCUGGAUCACAUUGGCGGCACUCGCCUGUUCUCCUGUGCAAACUGCGACACCAUUCUGACCAAUCGUUCCGAGCUCAUCUCCACUCGCUUUACGGGGGCCACAGGGAGAGCCUUUCUUUUUAACAAGGUGGUAAAUCUGCAGUACAGUGAAGUUCAGGAUCGGGUCAUGCUCACUGGCCGCCACAUGGUUCGAGACGUGAGCUGCAAGAACUGCAACAGCAAACUGGGCUGGAUCUAUGAAUUUGCCACUGAAGACAGCCAGCGCUACAAGGAAGGCCGUGUUAUCCUGGAAAGAGCUUUGGUCCGAGAGAGCGAAGGAUUUGAGGAGCACGUUCCAUCUGACAAUUCCUGAAGAGGCCUGAAUCCUCCAUCAGGUUCUCUUCGUUUGAAACCUAAAGUAAUAAAAUCAACAAAAAAAAAUCUGCUUACAUACACUGUCACCUUAGCAUCAGAGUCGGAUUCAUGGACUACAGAGCAGGAAAGAUUGUGAGAGUAUUUCAGACGGAACCUUCCUUACUUUGGUCCUUUAUAUUUUACUUUUCCCUCCAGCAGCUGUUUGUAGAAAGAUUGUUUUGCAGUUGCUGUAAGUUUUUCUCUCUUGCAUUUCCAUCUCUCAGAUCCGAGACAGUAUCUGCAGAUACGAUGAGCUAAAAGGAAAAUGUUGGGAGACUUUUUCUGUUGUUAGAGAGAGAUCAAUGGUUGUUCUUUUGGUUUCUUUUUUUAGUUUGCACAAACUGAUGUCAGUGUAAAGUUAUUUUAAAAUUACAGGUGUUUUUUUUUAAAGUAGAUUCCGAUUUUUGGCAUAAGAUUUUAGCUCUUUUUUUUCUACUCAGUCUUUUCACCUGAUUUGCUAGCUAAAGAAAAGAGAUCCGAAUUUGUGCCGAGUGCUAAAGGUUCAGUGUUGGUACAGCUUGGGCUGGCCCUUGUGCCAUAUUCUUGUUGAGGUUGAUUGGUAGCACAGAGCCCAUUAUUUCUCGUCAUUUAAGACCCAAAGAUGUCACCAUUCCUUGUUUAUUUGUGAAGUCCCAGUCACCAUAAACUGGUGUUGAUUGGAAACUAUUCUUUGAAAUAGGGCAAAACUGCUUGGCUUUCUUUUUUUUAAUUUUAACAGAUGUAACUUAUACCCAUAAUAAUAAUAAUAAUAUAGUUGUCUGUUUAGUCUUGCAUUGCUUACAAAAUGAAAGCUGUGUUUGUAAUGAUAAGGAUCCACUGAGAAACUCCUGUUUCGGCAGUAAAUGUUUUGUUUCUCUACUAAUCUCUUUAAGUAGACGGGCAAUUGCAAACCUUAAUUCUUCAAGUGGCUUUCUUCAAACCCACAACUUCCUACGUUAAACACAGCUGCUGCGUAAAAGGAGAAGACUGCCAGCAUGUUUGUUCAUGCAUCCAGUUAUACAAUCUGCAUCUUGUGCAAAGAUUAACUGAACAGCUUGUUUUCAAAUGCCGCUUCUGGUGUUGAAACUCUUUCAACUUAGUUGAACUUUUUCUUUGUGGUGUUAACGUUUUUCUCUUUCUGGGCAGCAGUCCGUGUCGCCUGGUAGUACUUAGUGACUUGGGUUCCUGCUUUCUUGUAGAGAUCAGCUCUGUUUAAAACAGUGAUCUUGCUUGCCUGGUAGCAAAAAAUGCUCUCUGUUGACGUAGUUCAAGGGUGCCCAAACAUUUUCAUUGUCUUAAGCCGUUAGUUGAGAUCUCAAGGGCUGCAAUUACUCUGAAUGUUAGAUACAUAUGAUUUAUUAUCAAAGAUGUUUUGUUUUGUUUUGUUUUUUUUCAUAUUGGAUAAAUUGUGGUCACGGUAAAAUAAGUUACCCACAGGUGUACAAGGAGAAACAAAUAGAUCUGGCCUCUUACCUUUCAGAGUAACUUCUUCAGUAGCUGCAGCUCCACAUCUGAAACUAAAAUGCAGAGGCUGACUAUGCAGAGUAUUUUUCUUAAUUUUGUUUUUGGGUUGCUUAGUGGCAGUUUGGACACCCCUGACUCGAAUUUGCUGCCUACUUGAUGUAAGAGUAGCUUUAUUAUAGAAAUGUUAUAUAGAAGGACAACAGAGCAGAUCACAUACCAGAGCUGUGCUUGAAUCAAGCUGCUUUAGCAGUAGUGUACUUGUGCCGCAAAUCAGUUUUUGCACUGAGUACCGUAGUACCCCGUUAUCUUGGUUUUUUUUCUUUCACAAACCCCAGAAGCCCCAUUAGCAUGGUUCUCUGCAGUACUUUUCUUGUACUUCUGACAUUACAGUACAAUAAAGUAUGUUUUGUCCUGACUUGGUA